UUGGGAGACCAAUUUGGGUACCAACUCUCUAAUAGAGGUGGAGCCCACCAAUACAAUAGGUCCCACGCUUUAUUAAAGAGUUGGUAUCCCAAGUUGGUCUCCCUGGCAUUUUCCAUCUUUGAUAGAUGCUGAACCUGGACCUCAACCUGUAAUUCAAUCAAUUAUUGCAACGAAAAAGUAGUCAAAAAGGAAAACCUGCUCAAGUCAUGUCACAUCCAUAAAAAAACAAAAAGAAAAGACUUUGGUUAAUUUAAAUCUUCUUCAUAAGCCCCUCCCUUGAGCGUGCAUAUAUGCUGCGACCAACUUCAACUUUAUUACUAUUACUGAUUUCAUCGAAUCAUGAAAUCGGACAUGGACUCUACCAGAGAAUUAGAAUCACCACCAACCAGUGUAUGCCACGUCGUGGCUCUGCCCUAUCCUGGCAGAGGCCAUAUCAACCCCAUGAUGAACCUCUGCAAACUACUGUCUUCAAAGAAACCCGACACCCUCAUCACCUUCGUCGUCACCGAAGAGUGGCACGGCUUCAUGGGCUCGGACCAGAAACCCCAUAACAUCCGGUUUGCCACUGUACCAAACCUCAUACCCUCCGAGCUUGUUCGCGCAAACGACUUUCUUGGAUUCAUGGAAGCUGUGAACACCAAGUUGGAAGCUCCGGUUGAGCAGCUACUGGACCGGCUUGAGCAGCCGGUGAGUGCGAUAGUUGCUGAUCCCUUCGUUGUUUGGGCUACGAGGGUCGCGAGCCGGAGGAAUAUUCCGGUGGCUUCACUUUGGCCCAUGUCGGCGUCGGUGUUCUCAGUGUUACUUCACAUUGAGACACUCGAACAAAAGGGCUAUUUCCCUCUUAAUAAUGUCUCAGAGUGGGGAGAUGAUGAGGUAAUAGCAGAUCUAGAUCUUCCCACAGUGUUGAAUGGAGACGGUCUUCAAAUCUUGAAGAUGAACCUGGAAGUUGUGCGUAGCAUAUAUAAAGCACAAUAUCUUGUGUUUUCUUCAGUCUACGAACUUGAGCCUCAAGUGUUUGACAAUCUAAAAGCCAAAUUUGCUUUGCCUAUCUACCCUAUUGGCCCAAGCAUACCUUACUUUGAGCUUUCAAAAAGUUCUCCUACUAAUCACAAUUACCUCUAUAAUUGGCUAGAUUCUCAACCUAAACACUCAGUCUUGUACAUCUCUCUGGGAAGCUUCCUCUCAGUUUCAAAAGCCCAAAUGGAUGAAAUCGUUGCUGGGGUGCAAAACAGUGGUGCUAGGUUCUUGUGGGUGGCUCGUGGGGAUGCCUCUAAGUUGAAAGAUGGUGUUGGUGAUAAGGGUUUGGUGGUGUCUUGGUGUGACCAAUUGAGGGUGUUGUGCCAUGAUUCUAUUGGUGGGUUUUGGUCACAUUGUGGUUGGAAUUCAACCCUAGAAGCUGUUUAUGCUGGUGUUCCAAUUCUCACUUGCCCUAUAUUUGGGGAUCAAAUCCUCAACGCUAAGAAAAUUGUGGAAGAUUGGAAGAUAGGAUGCAGGGUACUGAAGAAGAAGAAGAAGGGGUUUGAAGAAGAAGAUUUGGUGACUAGAGAGGAAAUUGUACAACUUGUGCAGAGGUUUAUGGAUCUCGAAAGCAAGGAGGGAAAUGAGAUGAGGGAAAGAGCCAAACAACUUCAAGAGACUUGUCAAGGAGCAAUUGCUAAAGGUGGCUCAUCAGACACCAAUCUUAAUGCUUUUAUUAAGGAUGUAUUUCACAAGACCAUUAAGCAGUUCAUGACGUUGUACUUCUUAAUGCAUGACUGAUUGCUUUAAAGCAACUUACUUUUAAUUUUCUUCUUGGGGAUGAUUUUAAUUUUGACUUUGGUUCUUAAUAAGGAA